GCGGCUCGUGGUCUGACAGGUUUGACUGUGGCUUGACACCGAGCGUCAUGCCUCUGCCCCGACAUCGCUCAUCCUUCCUGGGACAGUCGUCCUCGGAGCGCCCGGCCUCCGCCUCCUGUGGGAGGGUGGGCUCCGCCGGGACCACCGCCCCCCGUGGAGUUUUCGUGGGCUCGGCGCCCCCUCCGACCUCUGGCCUGGGGACCCGGGUGUCACGGAGGGCUCUGGGCAUCAGCAGUGUCUUCCUCCAGGGGAUGAGGAGCAGCGCGGCCCCCGUGAUGCCCAGGGUCGGGGAGCGGGCGGCGGGUCACCGGGCGGCAGCAGCCGGUCUGAACAGCAGCCUCAUGGAGUAUCGGGACAAAGUCCGAGCCCUGGAGCAACUGAACCAGCAACUGGAGCAACAGAUCCGCCUCAGCCUGGAUAGGAAGGCUGCUAGCGCUGGAGCCUGGGGGCCUCUCCGGGGGGAGUGGGAGGAGGUCUACAGACAGGUCAGUGAAGCCAUCCUGGACAACGCUCGACUGAUGCUGCAGACGGAGAACGUUCAGGCCAACGCUGAGGACUUCAAGGACAGGUUUGAGAGUGAGCAGCCUUUCCGGAGGGCGGUGGAGGAGGAGGUCAGUUCUCUGUACCGAGUCAUCGAGGAGGCAAAUGUGACAAAGGCGGAGCUUGAGGAGCAGAUGGAGGCCAUGAGGGCGGAGCUACAGAGCCUGGAGCAGAACCACGAGCAGGACGUGCGAGGCCUGUACAGCCAGAUGACGGGGAGGGAGGUGGACGAACCCGACGCCCCCGUCGAGACCAGUCUGGACCAGAUCCUCGCCUACAUCCGGACCCACUGGGAGAAGGUGACGGAGAGGAACCGGGCCGAGGCCGUCAACUACCUGGACUGUAAGGAGGCGCAGUGUGUCAGCAGGGGGCGCAGCCCAGAGGAGGAGCAGGUGGAGGCGCUAAAGGCCGAAUGCAACGAUACCGGCUGUAAGAUCCAGAGCCUCCAGGCCGAGACGGAGUCCAUCAGAGCGCUGAAGCGCGGUCUGGAGAGCUCUCUGAACGACGCCCUCCACUGGCGAGACAUGGAGCAGCAGAACCUGGGCUCGGUGGUGUCGCGGCUGGAGGCGGAGCUAAACGAUGUACGAGCUGAGAUCGAACAACAACGCCGCGACUACGACACAUUGCUUAGCAACAAGCUGCACCUGGAGCAGGAGAUCAGUCUGUACCACGGCAUCCUGGACGGAGAGGAGAGCCACUUCCUGUCGACCGACAACACACCGUCAGACACCAGAGCAGGUGGCAGCUGGUCCAGACCCCAGGAUGGACCCCCCAGGACCAUGAUGGAGGAGGAGGUGGACUGAUCCAGAGAGAACAGGUUCUGGAGGAACCUGAACCAGAGAACCCUCCAGUAAAGCUGUGAAGUUUGACUGUGUCUAAAUAAAAACUUAUUCAAAUCCUCUCGGUCUGGGUUCAUGUU